AUGGUGCAGUGGAGACUUGUGUGCGGCCUCGCCGCGCUGUACGCCGCUGGAACGGUGAAGGCCCUGCCCAUCGACCAGGACCCCGUCGACACGACCGAUGAGCUCGUGAUGCUGGACGGCAAGUUCCCCGGUUACGGUGCGUAUAUGGAUGUGGACACCAAGCCCAACUCGGCCACUCUCGGCACGGGCGUUGGUAGCGUUGGCGGCGAGGCCAACUACAACCCGGGCCAGCUGCACGCGCCCCGACAGGAGCGUCGCCGACUGGAGGUGACCAAGAGCACAGACAUGAAAAAGCUCGAGACGUUCUUUGGCCUCGAGCUCGAGACGGACAUCACCAAGCUGCCCACCAAGUACCAGCACGACCCGAUCCCGUGGCCCAGCAGCUACUGGCCCGUGUACGCCGACAGCCUCAACUACAAAUGGGCCAAGGGCCAGCCCAGCCCCGCCGAGAAGUACGCGACGGCGUUCGGCCACGACGCCACCAAGAUGAUGGACGCCAUCUCCGCCAAGAACGGCAUCGACUCGCAGUCCAAGCGCAAGAAGUGCACGACCGACGCCGAGUGCAAGCCCCUCAAGGACGGCAGCGUGUGCGCCAAGCGUAACGGCCAGGAGUCGGGCUACUGCAUCCCGACGUGGUUCGGUAUCUGUCACGCCUGGGCCCCGGCCGCCAUUCUCGAGGCCGAGCCCACCUGCGCCGUGGAGCGCAACGGCACCAAGUUCGAGCCGUACGACAUCAAGGCCCUGAUCACGCUCGCGUACGACGGCUCCAAGAUCCCGACCAUCUUCACGGGCUCGCGCUUCAACGGCAACGACAACGCGCCCAACAACACGGACGAGUACGGCCGCUUCUUCGACGACCGCCGUCGUGAUAUCUCGCCCGGCUACUUCCACGUCGCCGUGACCAACAUCAUGGGCCGCUUUAACCACAGCUUCGUCGUCGACAUCACGGCCGGCAACGAGGUGUGGAACCAGCCCGUGCGCAGCUACGAGAUCCUGCGUCUGUCGUGGACGACCCCCAAGGCCGCCGCCAAGAAAUAUUUCAACGUGGACAAGUACCCGUUCAACGACGCCGCCACCAAGAUCGCCGUCGUCACCACGCGCUUCAGCUGGAUCGUCGAGUCCGGCGUGAACGGCCCCCUCGUCGCCACGGGCAUCGUGGACAAGUACACGACCAGCGCCGACUACGAGUACAUCCUCGAGACGGACGAGACGUACCAGAUUCUGGGCGGCGAGUGGCUCUCGGGCUCCAAGGCCAACCACCCCGACUUCCUGUGGCUGCCGGCUAGCAAGCCCGACAACGCGACGGUCACCUCGGUGGGCCUCGUGUACUCGGAGAUCGAGGGUCUGCUGGACGAGUCUGUGAGCGGCGACUGCAAGAGCGGUGGCGCGGGCCAGUCGUCGACCACGACGAGAGCCCCGGCCUCUUCGACCGAGUCCUCCGCCGCCACCUCGACCGCUGCCUCCACUGCCGAGUCGACCGCUGCCUCCACUUCGACCGAGUCCUCUGCUGCUGAGUCCAACGACGACUCUGCUGCUGCAUCGAGCGAGAACUCCGCUGCCGAGUCCAACGAGUCUUCCGGUGCUGCGUCCACGGAAGCGCCUGCCACGGAAGCGCCUGCCACGGAAGCGCCUGCCACGGAAGCUCCGGCGGCUAACUCAACGGCGGCCUCGACAGCGUCGUCCUCUUCCUAG